AUGCGGCACGUCCAUAAAUACGACAAUACAGACGACGAAAUCACCGGCAAACUGGAUUUCCCAAUCGAAGACAGCAUCGCCAAAGGGGCGUUGCUGGGCGACUCUGUCUUCCCCGACUGGCAAGAUGGCGCUCCUCACAGUAAUGCGGGCGAGAGUCCCGACGAGAUGCAACGAAAAGACCCUCUGGCAACUCAGAUCUGGAAAUUGUACUCGCGGACAAAAUCUCAAUUGCCCAAUCAGGAACGUAUGGAGAAUUUGACUUGGCGCAUGAUGGCGAUGAGUCUGAAGCGGCAGGAAAGAGAGCGAGCCGAACAGGCACGUCGUGCUGCUCAACAAGCUGCUCAGAAGCCUUCUACUACUCCUAGUGGGAUUGCUCAACUUCGUCAAGCCAGUCAGAGUAACAACGCCGCUUCUACUUCUGCCUCGGCUGAUUUUAUGAAUUUGGACGAAUUCAUUGUGCCUUCUUCCAUUGGCUCACCGUCUGGCAUUGAAACUUUACCUGCGACUACCGAUCACAACACUGCCACUCAACCCCAUUCGGUCGCUCCAUCCGGUAUUCCUAUCAAAGGUCGCAAGGAUCAGAAUUUGUCGCAUGGUCCUCUCAUCCCAGCAUCCUUGCCUCAACCUUCGCAGGAUUUGCGUCGUAACGACGAGUUCGGUUACGUCCAGCGCCGUGUUCGGAAGACCAGUGUAGACGAACGCAAGGCGCCUCGAAAGCGACCUGCUGAAUUCUCCCCUCAAGUCGUCCCUACUUCGAACCUAAUGGUUCAACAUAAUGAUCACGAAUUGGACACUGCCAUGAUGCCAGAUUACAGCUUGGACCAACCCGCCUUCCAUCAUCAUCAUCACCAUCAUCAUCAUAACAAUCAUACCUCUCCCAACGUGCCUUUCAAUCUCGACACCUUUCAAAUCAAUGACGAUCCCAUCUUGACAUCCGCAGGACCUUUCCAGCAGAACUUCACUUUUUCUCCUACCGAGUCGCCAUUGGUGACUUCAGGGCCUUUCAGUCACGUCUAUGCUCAGACCCCUAUGGGAUCAUCACUGAACUCCACCGACUUUUAUUCUCCUCCUCCGUCCGGCUACCAGUCCACUGCCUCAACACCGCAGCCUGUCUAUGACGGAGAACAUUCAAUGUACUUUGAGCAGAAUUCCAUGGAUGCCCGUGUCCAGCGUCGAGUUCCCGCCUACGCUGCUCCUAGCCAUCGCACAUCUAAUCUCACUGCCUCUCUGCAGCCUCGAUACAUGUAUGGCUCUAAGAAUGAUCAAAAUUCUGCUACUACCGCCGCCGCCGCUGCCUACAACUCCAUGAGCGGACCGCCUUCUAGCAUCCCUUCUCCUGGAUUUGCGUCGGGUCAGCAACAUAUUGAUCCGUCGUCGGUCAUUAGUCAUAAUGAUUUCUCGGCUCCUCCCUCACAGCACAAUUUGAACCUCACAAGCAGCGAGAACAUGUUCACCUUUGGCGCUGACUCUGACAACGAAGACGAUGAGACAAGCGCCUUCCCGGACCAGAACAUGGCCAUGCAGACCGACUUUCACGGUAUCGAUGACAUCUCCGGUGACAUGGCCUCGAGCUUGCAAUGGGAUGCUCAGCUUGCUGGUCACUAUGGUUCUAUGCCGAACUUUUCAGGCUUGCAUCAUGGACGAAUGGGAGAUAUCAUGGAUCAAUCGCAUGAUUGGGAAAGUACAAGUCUACCCCGCGGACAUGCUUCAGCGACCAACAUGAGCAGACCAAAACUUGGUCGUGCACAUACCGAUCAUAUGGGCAUGCAAAUGCAGUCACAUACGUCCCCCAACACACCUCCUGAAUCUGGAUUCAGCAGCGCUGUACCAUCCCGGCCUGCCAGCCCUGGUGGCACUAAGCCCGGUGAUCAAGGUGCUCCAACUACUUGUACUAAUUGCUUCACUCAAACGACACCGCUGUGGCGUCGUAAUCCUGAGGGGCAACCUCUUUGCAAUGCCUGUGGUCUUUUCUUGAAACUCCAUGGAGUGGUUCGGCCUCUUUCUCUCAAGACAGAUGUUAUCAAGAAGCGAAAUCGUGGCGGAGGAAACAAUCUUGCAAUUGGAGUUUCCGCGGCGCGGUCCAAGAAAGGCUCGCGAAAGAACUCUGUGCAACAGAUUCCCGUUGUUACACCUCCGAGUUCAAGCAAACUCCAAAGUGCUAAUGCUUCAGAAUCACCUCCAUCGAUAUCAGGUUCGACCACAUCUGGUACUGGGUCUAAUGGCGUCGCGGUGUCGGUCAAGAGCGGCGUUGUCCCCAUCGCAGCAGCUCCACCAAAGACCACGCCAUCUGCUGGUGCUCAAGCAAGGGCAAUUCAAGUCGCACCCAAGCGUCAGCGGCGGCUUGACAAAGACUCCAUUGGCUCCUUGGCCAGCAUUCAGGCUAGCUUGUCUCAGGACAGCCCAGAAGCAGUCAAUGAUGAUAUGAAUGGAGACAAUAAAGCUAGUGCAGGGUCAUCAGGGGCUAGGUCUAAAAAUGUACCAUUGGCACCAGCCAUGCCACCGGCAGCGACGAACCCUGCUCAUCACAGUCUGGCUGCAGGAUCCGGCCAGACAGCUAGUCAAGAAUGGGAGUGGUUGACAAUGAGUUUGUAAGCGAAACUUGUUGUGUGGGCAGAAAACUAUCCACAGCAUUCCUGGUGAUUCUUUCACUAUCUUCAACUUUUAAUUAUGGCUGAUGAACUUUCUCAUUUUUUCUCAUGGUGUCUUCAUUUACUACAUGGAGUCGGUUAUAGACAUGACAUGACAUUGAUUGCACAGGUGUGGAUGGUAAACAAGACCCUCACUAUGUGGGUCAAUCAAUACCACCAUCUCUAGUCUGGUCUGUGGAGUUGGGAUUGUGAGCGUCUGAUGGACGAGAACGAAUAACGAUUUCUAAGCUUUUCUUACAUACAAUUCUUCGGGGUGGGCUAGCUUGAGAUUUCUCGUUUUUCGCAACGCGUUUUCAUUUGUUCGAAUGGUGGAUUUCAUCCACUAUAGAGACGAAAUCCAACUGUUGAUUUCUUUAUCCAGAAUGAGCGAUAGAGGAUCAACCUUGCGAACACGAUGUGUGUGUGGAUGACUGUUGAUGUUGUGUUUUCUUUAUUGUUUGAUUUUUACUGCUUGAUACAAUCGCGUCUGCACCGGUUCGCUCAGCCUCAGUUUUGUUUUUAUGUUAUUGUUUUAGUUUUUCAUUUUUGGUUUAUGUUGUCUCAUUUGGGCUGAGCACCGGGCAGAAGUGCGCACUGCUUGAUUUUACUUUUCAUGAGGUGUUUACAGAUUCUAAUACCAGAAUGUGGAUGAAUAAUAGGCUUGGUCUGGUAUCCCAGUCCUUACAUAC